GAGCGGCCGCGCAGGGGACUCCUGCCCGGUUUCCAGCCUCCCGCCGCCUUGGCUCUCCAGGUGCCUCCAAUAUCUCGGCCCCCGCUUGCCAAGUCCACGCCUCUCGGAGCGCCCUCCGACCCGGGGGCACGGGUGCCCCUUCAGAGCCGUACGACCCUGCGGACUGUCCCGGCGAGGAGACAGCGGCCGCGGACGGAGCUGGGUGAAGGCGGCGUCCAGGAGUCUCGGCAGAGACUGGGGCCAGAGGCGUCUGCCCCGCGCCGCGCCCCCGGGCCCGAACACCUCGCCUGGGGGACUUGGGGAGAAUAAAAUUCAAUCAAGAAGAUAAAAUACACAUCCCAGUGCCUGCCUGACAUGUUCUUCCUCACUUGAACCCUGGGCCAGUUGGUGGUGUGCUGAAUGUAAGCUGCCUUCUCAGAAAACGCCCAGCUGGGACCUGGAUUCUCUGGACACCCUGCAUGCGCAGGAUAUUUCCGUCUGCUUCCUAGUUCUUGAGUUCCAAUCGGAGGAUCAGAUAACAGUUCCUGUAUAGCGUGAGUCACCUAAGAAGACUUCUGGCAUCCCUGGAGUGCAGGCCCUGAGAAACCUCCAGGCCUCUCCCAUGGACCUGUGAUCGAGGUGGGCGGCCCUCUCAGCAGCCCGGGCAGCAGUAAGUAACCUCAGCAUGGAAAGAGGCCUGACUCUGCCCUCAUCUCUCCCCUUCUCUGGCUCCGUCCUACCUCUCACUUAACUGGUUUCUUCUGCCAAGUCCCACCAAUCCAGAAGGAUCUCCUCCCUUGGGAAUCCGUGCUUCCUGCAGGACUUCACGGUCCGUGGGUCUCCGGCCGGCGGCAUGUGGCUGCGGCGCGUCUCCAGCACGGCGGUAACCGCGCUCCUACUGGCGCAGACCGGUCUCCUGCUCUUCCUGGUCUCCCGGCCCAGGCUGCCGCCUGCGGCGAGCAGCGAGGAGCGGGUGCACGUGCUGGUGCUGUCCUCGUGGCGCUCGGGCUCGUCCUUCGUGGGCCAGCUCUUCAGCCAGCACCCCGACGUCUUCUACCUGAUGGAGCCCGCGUGGCACGUGUGGGCCGCCCUGUCGCAGGGCAGCGCCUUGGCGCUGCACAUGGCGGUGCGUGACCUGGUGCGCUCGGUCUUCCUGUGCGACAUGGAUGUGUUUGACGCUUACCUGCCAUGGAGGCGCAACCUGUCGGACCUCUUCCAGUGGGCGGAGAGCCGGGCUCUGUGUUCGCCGCCCGCCUGCAGCGCCUUCCCGCGCGGCGCCAUCAGCAGCGAGGCGGUGUGCAAGCCGCUGUGCGCGCGGCGGCCCUUCAGCCUCGCACAGGAGGCCUGCCGCUCCUACAGCCACGUGGUGCUCAAGGAGGUGCGUUUCUUCAACCUGCAGGUGCUCUACCCGCUGCUCAGCGACCCAGCGCUCCGCCUGCGCAUCGUGCACCUGGUGCGCGACCCGCGCGCCGUGCUGCGCUCGCGCGAGCAGACGGCCAAGGCACUGGCGCGCGACAACGGCAUCGUGCUGGGCACCAACGGCAAGUGGGUGGAGGCUGACCCAGACCUGCGCGUGGUGCGCGAGGUGUGCCGUAGCCACGUGCGCAUCGCCGAGGCUGCCACACGCAAGCCGCCGCCCGCCCUGCGCGGCCGCUACCGCCUGGUGCGCUUCGAGGAUCUGGCGCGGGCGCCGCUGCCGGAGAUCCGAGAGCUGUACGCCUUCACGGGCCUGAGCCUCACGCCGCAGCUCGAGGCCUGGAUCCACAACAUCACCCACGGCGCCGGGCCCGGCGCACGCCGCGAGGCCUUCAAGACCACGUCAAGGGACGCGCUCAACGUCUCACAGGCUUGGCGCCACGCCCUGCCCUUCGCCAAGAUCCGCCGCGUGCAGGAGCUGUGUGCCGGCGCGCUGCAGCUGCUGGGCUACCGGCCAGUGUUCUCCGAGGACGAGCAGCGCGACCUCAGCCUGGACCUGGUGCUGCCGCGCGGCCCGAGCAGCUUCAGCUGGGCCUCGUCCACUGCUGAGCGCCCCGGGCCGUAGCGGAGGCCCCCAGCUGCGGCUGGCGGUCACCAGGGCCAGGAGACCCACGCGUGGUGCCGAAGGGGCUGGGCACGCAGUGGCCCAGAGUUUGGGAGGUCCCUCCUGUAGCAGGCCAGGACCGAGUUCCCAAACCAGUUUCUUUCUGCCCCCUUCUUUCUUUCCAGUCCUCUUUAGGAGCUGAAUGAUUUCCCCUGGUAGCUCAGCAGUAAAGGAUCUGCCCGCAGUGCAGGAGACGCAGGUUCGAUCCCACCCUAGGUGGGGAAGAUUCCCCUGGAGGAGCACAUGGCAAUCCGCUCCACUAUUCUUGCCUGGAGAAUCCUAUGGACAGAGGAGCCAUGGGGGCAAAGAGUCAGACGUGGCUGAAGUGAUUAAGCAACAGCAGGUAGGAGCUGAAUUCCAGACAGGAACACUCUUCAUAGAAAGCAGACUGGUUCCCCCACUUCUGAGGACGGGGAAUAAGUUCAGAUGACUUGGCUCCUUCUCCAGCACUUUCUUUCCCUCUCAGUCUCCCUCAGGAUGCCUCAUCCUGCAGCUGAGAAGGCUGGCCCAGCCCUACCUGGGACUGGAGGGGUACUGUGGCCAGCUGGCCCCUGAAGUCAGUACAUCUCCCCCUCCACGGCAUCCCCCCCAGACUCUGUUCCCCCAAAUCCUCUGGCACCACGUGCCACCAAAGCCAAUGCUUUUAUAUUCAUCUGUGUCUUCAGCAAGAAAUCAGCCAAGCCUCUAUCUUGGGGUCUCCCCUUAAGUCUCUCUCUGACCCAAUCUCCCAGGAGCCCAUACGACCCCAUCACCUGCCUAAGUAAGGUGAACCUUUGAUUUGCCCUGAUGGGAAAGCUCCUACUUACAGAAAUAAACAUAUUUAACCUGUAUGAUACAAAUUAGAGUUUACGGCCUGUUAAGUUGGAGAAGCAAAAUGCAAAAGUGAAGGGACUUGUCCAAGGCUACAGGAUGAGAAGGAGACUGAAGAGAAGGAGAGGGGUUUGCUCUGAGACCACAGUGGGGAGGAGAGGGUGCAUCACGCUUGCAGAAACCUGUUUCCUGGACCAAGAAGGGUCAGAUUUUCCCAUCCUGUUUGCCCAAGGGCUCAGCAGUUCGCCGUAGCUAGGACCGCAGCUGCGAGGUAAGAUGUGGGAAGUGGUAAGCUCGGGGUUCAGAGUGCAGAAUCUAGGGAGCUUCCUGGAUAAGCCUGGAGGGAGGCAGUGAGCAGGCAAAGUGGAGGGGAAGAAGGCUGGGCAGGCCUGGGCAGCAAGCCAGGCAGAGCGUGUGGCAGAGCAAGAGGCUGGCAGCAAGAUCAGUGCCUGGAGGGCAAGUCACGGGGUGGAUGUAACCAGAUAAAGCUUGCCAGGAGCUUGGAAGAAAAAAGGCUCUAGGGUGGCUGUCUCCCUGUGGUCCUUCUGUGCCAAAAUACAAUUCCUAGCUGCAAGCUACAGCACCUGGCUCCGCCGGCAGAGGGUCUUAUGAAACAGAGGCUGGAUUUUAAAAAAAGAGGUAGGGGGUAGGCGAAGGGGGAAGAUGUGGAUAUGUAAGAGCUAGUCUUAAAUUCAGGAAAUGAAAGCCAACAAGUGCUCAAAAAAAAAUUGAAAAGGAGGGAGAAGGGUCACAGAACCUCUGGGAAGGACAGGGAAGCAGAUUGGAGUCCAUGCAAAUAGACUACCCGUCACACCGGAAUACAGAGCUGAUCUGCGGACUGACAGUUGCCACCAGAACACCUUAGCCCGUUCCCGCUGGGAGUGAGGAUCUGCCCUCGCUGAGGCCAUCAGUGACUAGGAGGGAUUCUGGAGGUUGCUGGCUUCCCGUUCUCAGCCUGGAUUUGGUGGGACCUGGAUUGCAGACCCACGUCCUCAUUGCAAAGCAGGCAGGUCAAGGGCAGGCUGGCACUUUCCAUUUCUUCCUCGCAGGGAGCAGAUGGAUACUGACCUUGAAGCCGAAACUUCAGGAUGCCUCAGCUAGGGACCUGUCUAGCUGUAGAAACUUCGGGCCCCAUAAAGCCUCCAUCUGCCCCUUCUCACAAUAGAAGAAGGUAUUUAAAAUGCAGAAUUUAUUAAUGACUUAGGCUACGGUCACAUGGCUUAAUAUAUGGGCCGGAACUCAAACUUACAUCUUCGACUUCAAUGCUUAUGGUUCUAACAAGUAAACUGAACCGGGGAUGGAACAGAAGACUCCAUCAUAGGCUUCAAAAGCCAGAUCAUCACCCAGAGAUGUGCGUCUCUGGGUGUCAAGGAGCUGUCCUGACAUUUUGGGUUUUUUUGUUUUCAGUUUUAUUGAGGCAGAAUUGACAUACAUCACUCUCUAAGUUUAAGGUGUACAGCAUGAUGGUUUGAUUUACCUAUAUUGGGAAAUGAUUACCAUACUAGGUUUAAUUAAUAUCAGCCAUCUCAGAUAGAUACAAUAAAAAGAAAAAUGCAAUUUUUAAAUUUAUAAA